CUUAGCGUACUUUUCGCCAUCGUUAGCUGUGAUUACGCCAGUCAAACGAUCCGAUUUAUCUGUCCCACUACUUCGUAACCAUCUUUCUUCCAACAAUAAUUUUACAGAUCCCUUUCGAACGAUACUUACUUGCUUGCUUCAUUGCAUUGUAGUACUUUAGGUGCUCACUUGUCGGUUCUUGGCCUUUUAAAUAGUCCUUCUCAUAGCACCGUUUCCAACUUUCUCCUCCGUAGUCAACCCAUAGCUCUGACUGGCUCCCUUGUAAGUCCUGCACCUUUAGCCAGCUCCACGAUCUUCAUCUCCGAUAGUGUCUAGGCACAUUGAUAGUUCUGUUGGGUACCUAGUCAACUCCCUUAGACUAGCUAUCUUUAUAAACAGAUCUGUUCCCACACCUCUUCUUCUUCUCUUAUUUUCCAUAUUCUCUAUUCUCUAUAACCUCCUCUACUAUCAUAGACAUUACAUACCAAACUGAGCCAGUCUCUUUUAAACCAACUGUGUUCAGUCUUGUUCAAGUUCUUCUUCCCUUAACGUAAUCUCUCAGCCUUGUAAUACCGUCACAAUGGCUCCUGAUAUUAAUUCUCUGCCACGGUCAGAACCUAGUCUAGAUGGCCCCGGCCAAACAGCUCCGCCGGUGGCCAAUGGCAUCAACGGUACCAAUGGCUCUUCCGAGAAUCCUCCUAAUAUUCUCUUCCUUAUGGCGGAUCAGUUAGCUGCUCCGUUACUCAAGAUAUACAACUCGGAAUCUCAGAUCAAGACUCCCAAUCUUGACGCCCUAGCAGCCAAGUCUGUUCAGUUCGACUCUGCAUACUGCCCUUCUCCCCUCUGCGCUCCCUCUCGUAUGAGCUUGAUCUCUGGUCAACUACCCAUGAAAAUUGGGGCGUACGACAAUGCCUCGCAGAUCGGAAGCGAUGUGCCUACUUAUGCUCACUAUCUGCGCCUGAAGGGCUAUCACACUGCUUUAGCCGGCAAGAUGCAUUUCGUGGGAGACCAGCUCCACGGUUAUGAAACUCGUCUCACCAGUGAUAUUUACCCUGGCGACUUUGGCUGGGCUGUCAACUGGGAUGAACCUGAUAGGCGGUUGGAGUGGUAUCACAACGCGAGCUCUAUCCUCCAAGCGGGCACUUGUGUGCGAAGCAACCAAUUAGACUAUGAUGAGGAGGUUAUGUACAGAUCAACUCAGUUCCUUUACGACCAGGUCCGCGAAGGGCCAGACUCGAGGCCGUUCUGCUUGACAGUCUCUCUUACCCACCCUCACGACCCGUACACCAUUGAGGAAAAGUACUGGGAUCUCUACGAAGACGUAGACAUUGAGUUGCCUAAAGUCAAGAUUCCCAAGGAGGAACAGGAUGCCCACAGCAAGCGGCUGUUGAAGGUGUGCGACCUCUGGGAUGAGAAUUUCACAGAUGAUCAAAUUAAGCGAGCUCGAAGAGCAUACUACGGUGCGGUUAGCUACGUUGACGACUGCAUCGGGCGUAUUCUUCGCGUGCUCAAAAACUGCCGACUUGAUGAGAACACUAUCGUCGUUUUCAGCGGGGAUCACGGUGACAUGCUUGGAGAACGUGGGUUGUGGUACAAGAUGAGCUACUUCGAGUCGUCAGUACGAGUACCCCUCUUGAUCUCCGACCCUCGGCGCUUCACCCCUCAUCGCGUGAAGCAGAAUGUGUCAACUCUGGACAUUCUCCCGACGUUGUGCGACCUCGUCGGUACCAAGCCUAUUCCCGGUUUACCCAUGGAUGGUCUUUCGCUUCUCCCCCACUUGGAGGGUAGAGAGGGUCACGACACCGUGAUUGCCGAGUAUACAGGCGAAGGAACUAUUAGCCCAUACAUGAUGAUUCGACGUGGUCCUUGGAAGUACAUUACGUGUCCAACAGACCCGCCGCAACUCUACAACCUCGAGCGUGACCCUCUCGAGCUUGUUAACCUAGCACAGCUCGUUAACAAGAAGGAGGCGCUUGCUCCCGAGGAAGAGGAAGCGAAAGAGAAGUUCGAGAAGUUCGAACUUGAGGCCAAGGCUCGGUGGGACUUCGAUGCCAUCACGAAACAAGUACUACUAUCACAACGGACACGAAGACUUGUGUGGGGUGCUUUGAACAAGGGCAAAUUCGAGGCAUGGGAUUAUAACCCCGGCGACAAUGGCACUUCAAAAUAUAUUCGGUCUUUCCUGCCCCUCGAUGACCUGGAGCGUCGUGCUAGAUACCCCCCUGUCGACAAGUACGGUCGGGAGACCGGAAGAGUUAUUAUAGAUCAGGCCGGCUCACAUGGCGAGUAGCGGUCAGCUUCUAUGGCUCCCUUUAUGGCGUGAAACGUGACAUGGUUUUGGUUGGGGAUUAAUGAAAGCCUAGGUAGUUAGGUGGUGAUGCAUCUACGGCGCCUAAGCACAUUUUAAGGACUACUUUAGUCCGAAAACCACGGUGGUUAUUGAUUAGGAUUUAGCGACGAGUUACGGAUGAGUGAUUUUAUGGGAUUGGAAGAAAAAAAAACAAUAAUAAUGCGCUAGAUACCUAUCUUUGAAAAUAAAUGCGUUAAUUAAGAAGUCGAUAGGCAAUUGAGACUCUACUGAUUUUUUUUUUCUAUCUGCCCGUGCUAUCACA